AUGAAGAGAAUUUGGAUUUGUAUAUUUAUUUUAAUUCUGGAAAUUGUUGACGUGUCUUGUGCUGUUAAACGUGAUGAUAGUUUGAAGACGAGAGUAUGCGAACAAACAUCAAGUUUUGAUUUAUGCAUUUCCAUAAUAGAUUCAGAUCCUAAUGCCACCACAGCUGAUAUUAAGGGUCUAGCCCUUAUAAUGGUAACUGCUGUUCCACCAUAUGUUCAAAACGCAUUGUCUUUAACUAAUUCUGUUAUUAAAACGACCACAGACGCAACUUUGAAGAAAAAAUUGUUUGUUUGUGCUAAGUCAUUUGUUCCAUUACUGAAUUCUGUUCUGCCACAAGCUGCUCAAGCUGUGAACCAAAAGAGAUUUAAGAAUGCAAGUGACUCCAUUUUUUAUGCUGAUAAGGUUAUUGAAGAUUGUAACAGUCAAUUCUUCACCCCAACUCAGUCACCCAUUAUUGAAAAGACUAGCCUUGCACAUGGUGUCUUGAAUGUUGCUGAAGACAUACUCAAACAAAUAUUAACUUCCUGA